GGAAAUACAAUUUCAGUGUAAGCUUGAUUACCAACAUGCAAGAGGUCCAGGGAUGCGUGGAGGAAACAUGGCAGCCAUAUCACCACCAGAGUCUCCAAAACGACGGGACUCCCUGCUGGAGGAUGUUCACACAUUUGCGAGCAGGACUGACGCACCGGGACUAAAAGGUUACUCGAACCAGACGGAAAACAUUUUUUUUUUAAAUCCCGGAGUAAGCCAAUAUAGGAAAAAGAGUGAAAAUGUUGACAACGAAAGAGUUUCUGUCCCCAGCCAUUCUGAGAUAAUUGAGUGUGAGGCUAAAGGCGACCAAACAUGUAAGUCACCGAAGGACAGAGUAUUGGAGCCAAAAAUGGCCGAGUCUCCGGGAGGUGAGCAGCGGGCUUUCGAUUGUUCCGAGACAGAAGACUCCAGCGGCGAAGAGUCCCACACUCACAAGGAGGAAAAGAGCAAGUAUGAGACUGCACAGACUGUGUGGCCAGAAACGUCCAAUGAAACUCGUCCUGAUGCAGAGGAAAUUCAAGAGAAGGAAGAUUCUUGUGUUGAUCAGCCAAGCUCAGGAAAGGAAAUAUCCGAGAACCAAGUGGAAAAUGUGGACUUGGAUGGGGUUGAAGACAACGGCCAGCACACUGAGUUAGCAUCAAAGGCAAAAAAGUGUCGUUUGGAGUGCAAAGAGUGUGGAAAGCGUUUCAACCGUCGUGAAAUGUUCUACCUUCACCGCCACUAUCAUGCUCACAAGGAUGAACUCAUGCCUCUCACUUGUAAAGAAUGCGGCCUAUCAUUUAGUGACCGCAGAAGCCUUAUGAAACACAGACAUGAACAUAAAGAAAGGGAGGAGCCAAAGUAUGAAGAGGAGAGUGGUUUUCAGUGUGCAGAAUGUGAGAAGAUUUUCUCUUCAGUGCGAAAGCUGCGGUCCCACAAAUGCAUCGAAUCAGAUGACAAGCCCUUCCGCUGUACACUGUGCCGUCAGGAGUUCCAAUCAAAAGUGUCAAUAACCAAGCACAUGUUGAACCACUCGCUGGAUGAAGGCUUUAAAUGUAAAGAGUGUGGUAAACGCUUCCCAGAAUACAGGAUCAUGCGUGUCCACCAACGAUGUCACCCUAACUUUAAACCCUAUGAAUGCCCCGAGUGUGGCAUGGUCUUUAAAUACCAAUCUGUCAUGGAAGACCACCGUCGCAAGCACACUGACAAGCAACCCCCUCACCUGUGCAACAUUUGCGGUAAGACUUUCAAGUACAGCGGUCUCUUUCAACAGCAUCAGUAUCUGCACACCGGUGAGAAGGCCUUCAGCUGUCCUGAAUGUGGUAAAAAAUUUGCUUUUGCUCAGAAUGUGAAGGCACACUGUCGCCUGCACAGACUGUGCCAAACCAACCCACUUCCCUUUAGUAAGCAGCCCACCAAGCAGACCCCUGUGUCCGCACCGGUGCAAAGGAAAGAAAAUGCACACCAGAGUGAAGAACCAAAACAAACUUUUAACUGUCCUCUUUGUCCCCAGACGUGCAGCACCCCGGCCAACCUGAGAGCCCACAUGCUUAUUCAUGAGAUGGAGUAUGAGACACUGGAGAGAAGCACAGAGACGCCUCCAGGGGUUAAAAAGGUUUGGGACAAAGGGCACACCUGUCCACACUGUCCAUCUACUUAUCGUGAUGAGAUAAGUUUACGAUUACACAUUUUGAAAAGCCACAAGUAUGUAGCACAAGAUUCAGAUAAAGUGGCUGCUGUCUCCUCCAAAGACUCAAAACCUCUAAUCAGUGAAAAUGCCCAAGCAAAAUUAAAAAAUGAAAGCUUAGCUAUCAGGCCGUACAAGUGUCCUGAGUGUGAAAAAACAUUCCGCCAUCGCUCAGUGUUAGAAUUGCACAUGCGCAUACAUUCCAAGGAUAAGCCAUACCAAUGCAACGUGUGUUUCAAAGGCUUCCGGUUCAGCAACUAUUUGCAGCAGCAUCUCGUUAUCCACUCGGGCAAAAAGCCGCAUAAAUGUCCCGACUGUGGGAAGGAUUUUGCCUUCUUGCAGAACAUGAGAACCCAUCAGAAGCUGCAUCGGGAAAAACCCUUUCGUUGCACUGGUUGCAGCAAAGGCUACAGCAGUGACCUGCAACUGCAGCACCACAUGCUCUCGCAUAAUGGCGAGAAGCCCCAUAAAUGCCACCUCUGUGAAAAAAGCUUUAGCCUGGCGUAUCUGCUCCGCGAUCACAUAAACACUCACACAGGGGAGCGGCCCCAUCACUGUGGUGAAUGCAACAAAUCCUUUUGUUGGUUGAGCAGCUUGCUAGUGCACCAGAAGAUUCACUCUCGCAAGCGCCAAAGUCAGAGUCAUUCUUUCACCACUGCUGGAAGAGUGAGAGGCAGAGGAAGGAGAGGGGGGAGGCUGACAAGUGGUUUGUCCAGACGGUUAGGGGGGCUCCUUUAUGAUGAUCUGCAUAGAGAGGCGGACCCAAAGUCACAAUAUUCCAUGAUGUCCUCUGAUCAGGAAUUGCUGAUGAGGAAUCGGGAGGAAGGAUUGCUUUCUGACCUACACCAGACACGUGUUCAAUGGACGGUAGACGGUGAAGAAGUGAUACCUUUUCAGUCAUCACAGCACUUGCAAGCGUUUGCCAGCCCACGACAAGAGAGACCCUCUGAAUCUUCUGCACAGAAAAGAUCCAGCCCCUCACGAGUGGAUGAGCUGUCUGCGCCCAGAGCUUCUUUUUCUACUUCCUCUGGUUCUUUGCAAGUGGGCUCUGCUGGGUCAUCUUCCUUCAUGAAUGGUGCUGUGUUGUGGAGUGUCCAACCUCCUCUUUUUGGUCAAGAGCUACAGUCACUUAAAUUGUCCACAGCUCCGGCGCCAACACAAACACGGGAGACUUCCACGCAAGCACUAUCGCUGACUGUUAACCAGCUUGAGAAGUCCCAGAUAAAUCCUGAGGCGGACAAACAGAGAGCUGAAUGCAUAGUAGGUGUACCAACUCCAGCUCAAAUAGACCAAAACUGCCCCAUGCCACUGUUGACUCCUGUUUCUCAAGGGGCAGUUGGCCCCUUGUGGGACAUUCAAGGUCCACUGGGGAUUUCAGGCAAAAUAAACUUACCUGAGAAGCAGGCAACAGUAAUGGCAGCAACUUGGACCAAUAUACAGAGUCAAAAUGCCACACGGCAUCUUCCCAUCCCCUUCCAUCCCUUUGGCCAGGGGAUAGGCACUGCAGUCUGGGGCUUCCAAAAUAAUCCUUCUCUUCUCACUGGACAGCUCAAACCAGGGAGUGCACAGGAACUACAGCAGCAAACUUUGGUCGCUGGCAGUCAGAUCAUCCUCAAUCAGCCAACCCCCUUCUUCUCACCACCACUCACCCCACUCUCUGCACUGGCUUUGUCUGGCACACACCCUCUUCACACUGUCGCCAUCAAUGCACUACAGAGACCACCCCACCCAAAUAUCUUCUUUACCCCACAGGGUGUCAUGACCGAGAGGCCACCCAUGCCACAAACCCUGCCCCUAUCUCAGCUAACCUCACAGGCCGAUCACAAACUCGGAGUUUCCCAUUUGCCCUUUUCACCCGACCGACUCAUGCAGUGCAUGAUAUGCGGCAUCUCUUUCCCACAGGAACUUGAUCUACAAAUGCAUUACUUGCAACAUGCACAAGGACAGAUUUGACUUUUCUAGUUUUGAUUUUUGUUUCAACUAUUAUUCUGACUCUCGCUUGUGCAUUUUGAAUGGGCAUUGGAUGUGAAGAACCUAAAUUAAACUGCACACUUUUUUUAUUUCACUCAGUUAGACUACAAAUACCAUUGGUUUAGAUUAUACUGUUGAGACUAAAGCUUUAAAUAAACUGUAAAAAAUGUUUUUAAAAAAUCACAGAAACCUUUUUUUUCUCACUUUUUGAAAUUAAAUUAGUUUCAACUUUUGCUUUAGGUUGUCAGGAUUAUCCAUAUUAUAUCUUUAAAGCUGCAGUUAUUUAAAAUAUAAUAUUUUAGAGUGUCAAAAGUUAACAUUUUCUUAGUAUUUGGUAGCAAUGCCUAAAGUGUAUGACUUGGGUCAAGAGUUUUGUUAAUCUUUCCACAAGCAACUCACAAAAGUUUGCUGAACUUCAGCCCCAUUCUCACGGACAGAACUGGUGUUGCGACAUCAGGUUUCAAAUCAAACCACAAAUAUCGGAUUGAGUUUAGGGAUUUAAGGUGACCAUUCUAAAACAUUACCUUUGCUGUCCUUAAGCCAUUCUGUAACUUUGUCAUGUAUUUUUCCCUGUGUUACAGCAAAGAUUAACCAACUCAGACCUGGACAUUAUUAAUAGAAUAAUAAGAGUUAAGAGAAAGAAUCAUAAAACAGCUACACAAAACAACUACACUGUGAACGCACACGUCUGAAAACCAGAAAUGUUGCAAUACAUAUGUCAUUAUCCAAAGGAGGAGAGGAGUCUAUGGCCUGAAACCUGUUUUAAAAUGGUUUUAUCACUAUUUAUGUGCCAAACUACAUAUUUUGUUAUAAAUUGUUAAUGCAGGGCGCUGCAAUGUAUAUCGCAAUAUGGUUUUUAGGCCACAUUGCCCAUCCAUAGUUCUGGGAAGAUAUUUUAUUUUUGUGGGACACAUAAUCUGUCUCCCCCCGCCACCCCAAAAGGGACAAGCGGUAGGAAAUGGAUGGAUGGAUGGAUAAUCUGUCUCAUUCCUGAACAGUACAAUGACUGGACAUUCCCAUAUUUGUAUUUGUAAAUUGAACAGAUGAAUGUGGCACCUUCAAGUAUCUGGAACGUGCACUUAAGAAUAAGCUAGACUUGUGGAGCUCCACUGUUCUCUUCCUGUUAUCUUGGCAUCAUUUUUAGAUUUUCCCACCAAACAAGAAAGCAAUGUGUUUGAGGUGUGGCCCUAAAUUACAUGCACACAUGUACCUCCAUUUAAUCAAAGAAAAUGCUUAAAAAUAUUAUCUCUCUCAUUAUUGCAGCAUUUAUCAAAUAUGGUUUUACGAAUGCAGCUGAGAUGGGCUUCAGCACCCCCCUGACCUCAAAAGGGACAAGUGGUAGAAAAUGGAUGGAUAGAUGGGUUUUGCUAAUUCUAACUGACCCAAAACAUGAAAAGCUUAGUCUGAUUUAAAGUAGGACUUAAAAAUAUUUGCCCUUUUUACAGUGUAUGUUAGCUUCUGAUUUCAAUUCAGUAUGUAGUAGUUUCACAUUGUAGAAUAAUAAUAAUAAUGAUACGCAAUUUCAACCUGAACCAGUGGGAUUCUACACUGUAUUUAAUUUUAUGUCAAUGUUAGAUUUACACAUUUUUAACUUUGUUUUUUUCCAUGUUCUAAAUUGUUGUUCCCAUGUACAGUAUACAGUGUGCCUUUUAAUGAGCAAAGUCUGUAUGUCUGCUAAGGUUGGUAUUCUAUUUUCCCUAGUUCAUACUCAGACUGAACAAUGACUUCACUCUAUAGAACUGUCCUCCAUAUACACUGAAAACAUCAUUAUCGAACACAUGUCCUCCAUAGACACAGAAAACAUCACUACCCUCUGAAUUAUCAUGUUUAGGAUUCAAUGUUCAUCAUUGGUAACGUUCUCAUGGUGAGUUGAGAAAACAAAGUAUGCUAACACAGCUUUUGAAUAUCCAAUCAUACCAAAGUUCUUAUUUUGAGUAAUGUUUUUAGAAGUUACUUGAUAAAAGUAGCAAGCAAUUUAUUCACCUCUCAUUUACCAUUUCAACAAGGAACAGCUAUUGUUUCAUACAAAUAAUGCAACUGAUAAAUAUAAUUUUCAUAAAUGCUGUAUAAGUUUAAAGUACAACACUGUUAAACUACUGUUUGAACGGACACCCAUCUAACACCACAAGAUUAAAGAAGGUGAAAAAUAGGACAUGACGUGCUACCUCUGUCCUUUGUUUUUGCAUUGAGUAAAAGUCUUCCUGUGAUAUCUUAACAUUGAGUUGAAUAAAAUAUGGGACGUUGUGGUACAUAA